AUGUCCGACAGAAUCCCCGUCAUCGCUGUGAAUCGAGUCAGCGAGAAUGCAAAGAAGACUCUUGAUAUUGUGAGGAAAUUCGUCGAGGAGAAAUGCAUACCUGCCGACCCCAUAUUCUCAGCCCAGAUCGGCGAAGGAGCUCAAAGAUGGGAUCACCAUCCUUCCGUGAUCGACGACCUCAAGGUGGAGGCAAGAAAGCUUGGGCUCUGGAAUAUGUUCCUUGCCAAGGGCCACUACAAAGAAUCACCCGGCUUCAGCAACCUCGAGUAUGGAUUGAUGGCAGAGUGGUUGGGCAGAUCAAGAACAGCAUCCGAGGCGGUUAACUGUGCUGCGCCAGAUACCGGAAAUAUGGAGGUGUUGGCGAAAUAUGGCAAUGAGGCACAGAAGCAGCAAUGGCUGAAGCCAUUGAUGGAUGGAGUGAUCCGGUCCGCAUUCUUGAUGACGGAGCCAGAUGUUGCUUCUUCGGACGCCACCAACAUCCAACUGAGCAUGAAGAGGGACGGCAAUGACUGGGUGUUAAACGGCAACAAAUGGUGGUCAAGUGGUGCUGGUGACCCAAGAUGUAAGAUUUAUAUUACGAUGGGGAAGAGUGACCCUACAAACCCGGACCCCUACAAGCAGCAAUCGGUCAUCCUAGUCCCAGCCGAUACCCCAGGUAUUACCAUCAACAGAAUGCUCACAGUCUACGGUUAUGAUGAUGCCCCUCAUGGACAUGGACACAUCACUUUCAAGAACGUCAGAGUGCCAGCGAGUAACAUGGUCCUUGGCCCUGGACGUGGCUUUGAAAUUAUCCAAGGUCGUCUGGGUCCCGGACGUAUCCAUCACGCCAUGCGUUCGAUUGGUGCUGCCGAGCAAGCUCUAGACUGGAUGCUCAUGCGGAUCAAUGAUCCCAAGAAGACCCCAUUCGGCAAGCAACUCAAAGAACACGGAGUCAUCCUUGAGUGGGUUGCUAAGUCGCGUAUCGAAAUUGACGCAGCCCGUCUCAUUGUCCUGAACGCCGCCAUCAAGAUCGACGAGCUCGGUGCCAAGGGUGCCUUGAAGGAGAUUGCCGAAGCCAAGGUUCUCGUACCGCAAGCCGCACUAAACGUAAUCGAUCGAGCUAUCCAAUCCUUCGGUGGUGCUGGUGUCUCUCAAGAUACUCCGUUGGCUUACAGCUGGGCCGGCAUCCGAACAUUGAGGUUAGCUGAUGGGCCAGAUGAGGUUCAUUUACAACAAAUGGGACGGAAUGAGAAUAAGAGAGGCGCAGCAGUUACUGCAACAAUCAAUAAGCAGAAGGCUGCGUCGGAUCAGCUCUUUGCUCAAUAUAGGGUUGCGAGGGAAGUGCCAGGCCCAAAGCCCAGGUUGUAA